AAUUCUCACCCAAGGAGGAAGCUGUCCCACCGCAUUUACUCCAGCGCUCAGCAGCUCAGCGCCGUGGGAACGUCAGUCAUGAUCCGGAGCUCAAAAUAGGGGCAGCAUGGGGAGGGAGGGGAGAAGCCGGGCCAGGUGGAGCGGUUGCAGGUUGUUGUGAAGAACAAGGAGUUCAAUAAAGUCAACUCCCUUUAGAGUGAAGUUCUGCUGCUGCUUAAAUCUUUCGCACCGCUAUGACUGAAGGUACAAUAGUGAAAGAGGGGUGGCUUCACAAACGAGGAGAAUACAUAAAAACAUGGAGGCCCAGGUAUUUUUUAUUGAAGUCUGAUGGUACGUUUAUUGGUUAUAAAGAGAGGCCACAAGAUGUAGAACAGCUAGAGACACCUUUGAAUAACUUCUCUGUAGCACAAUGUCAACUGAUGAAGACAGAGCGACCAAAAUCAAACACAUUUAUCAUCCGGUGUCUCCAAUGGACUACAGUAAUUGAAAGGACAUUUCAUGUUGAUACGCCGGAGGAACGGGAAGAAUGGACAAAAGCCAUUCAAACAGUAGCAGAUAAUCUUAAGCAAGAGGAGGAGAUCAUGGACUACCAUUCAGAGUCCCCUAAUGAUAAUUCAUGGACAGAUGGCAUGGACAUUUCUCGCAGUAGACCAAAACACAAAGUGACCAUGCAUAAUUUUGAAUACUUAAAACUGCUUGGAAAAGGCACAUUUGGAAAGGUGAUUCUAGUAAAAGAAAAAGCCUCUGGACGGUAUUAUGCCAUGAAGAUUCUAAAGAAAGAAGUAAUUGUAGCAAAGGAUGAAGUAGCACACACUGUGACAGAAAACAGAGUGUUACAAAAUUCUAGGCACCCAUUCUUAACUGCACUGAAGUAUUCUUUUCAGACAAAUGAUCGUUUGUGUUUUGUGAUGGAUUACGCAAAUGGAGGCGAGUUAUUCUUUCACUUAUCAAGAGAACGUGUUUUUUCUGAGGACCGUGCCCGUUUCUAUGGAGCAGAGAUUGUCUCUGCUUUGGAUUAUCUCCAUUCUGAGAAAAAUGUAGUGUACCGAGACCUUAAGUUGGAAAACCUUAUGCUAGACAAUGAUGGCCACAUUAAAAUAACUGACUUUGGGCUUUGCAAAGAAGGUAUCAAGGACGGAGCAACUAUGAGAACAUUCUGUGGAACUCCUGAAUAUCUUGCACCAGAGGUUUUGGAGGAUAAUGACUAUGGGCGAGCAGUGGACUGGUGGGGUCUUGGAGUUGUAAUGUAUGAAAUGAUGUGUGGCCGCCUUCCCUUCUAUAAUCAGGACCAUGAAAAGUUGUUUGAACUCAUUUUAAUGGAGGAGAUCAGAUUUCCACGCACUUUGUCACCUGAAGCCAAAUCUCUUCUUUCUGGGUUGUUGAAGAAAGAUCCUAAACAAAGGUUGGGUGGUGGCCAUGAUGAUGCAAAGGAAAUAAUGCAAGACAAAUUCUUUGCUGGAAUCGAGUGGCAAGAUGUCUAUCAGAAAAAGCUUACUCCGCCAUUUAAGCCUCAGGUGACAUCUGAGAUGGACACAAGAUACUUUGAUGAAGAAUUUACAGCACAAAUAAUAACUAUCACUCCACCUGAUCGAGAUGGCAGUACGGAAUCCAUAGACAAUGAGAGAAGACCACAUUUUCCCCAGUUUUCUUACUCAGCCAGUGGAAGGGACUGAGCUCGACUGCCUUUAAAAAAAAUGAAUAAAGGAAAUCAGAUUGGAUUUUGAGGACUUCAAAUCGGAAAUGUGUGAGAGGUUAUCAACAUUAUCUGGUUGGUUUGUAGGAAAAAAAGUUUCCUCUUUCAACAAAAUCCUUCCUUCAUUUCUCAUAUGAUGAUGGAAAAUUAGCUACUUUUAAAAGAUGAAAAACUGGCCCCUAUGCAGUGACCUAGUUUUAAAAGAGCAAUCAUGAGAGCAUGUAUUUGGAAUACAGGGGCAUCAUUUUGAUUGACAGCAGAGUGGAAACUGCUACUUUGAACUGAUCUCUCCUUCAUUAUCUCUAUGUAUUUAUGGUUCACAUUGAAAUUCCCCAACUUGUCAAUUAGAUUUAUAAUUCUGUUUCCGUAAAGCACUCAUUGUAAUUGAUUCCUUGUAAGAUAUUUUCUUACCUAUAAAAGUUCGGUAAUGAUCUAUCCCGGCCUGUACUAUUGGUAAGAUGUAUGUGAAAGUAAACCUCUUAAGUCAGGCAAUUAAUGAAGCAUACUGGUGAAAAGUAGUCGAGUCCAACCAGAGCUUCUCUUGCAAUCUGUUUACCUCUCUACAGUGUGUAAACAUCAAAUGGCCUCAGUGAGGCACAACAACAUUUGCAGCGGCAGGAACUUUGCUGUAGUUUGUGAGGGAAAAUUGAAAUCUAGAAGAAGAUCUCUUGCAUUUCAGUGUUAAUCAAUUGAAAUCUGCCACAGAAGGAUGCAACUUGUUAUUUUUAUUUAAAAAAUACACAUCACUGAUGUAUUAUUUUUGUUCUAAUGUCAGUAUCUUUGCCAUUUCUUUGUCACUUGCUGGGCAUCUUUGGAUAUUACAUUUUGCUCGUGUUAUUUAUCAGUGUUUUCAGUUAAAUCAAUUCUGUCUAUCACAUUUAGUAAUUUAAUGUUUGUCAGUGAAUGUUGGGGAAUAUUGUUUCCCUUUUUGUAGUUUGUUUUUGUAUGUUGUCCAAAAUGGAGCAGAAAAAAUGUCUGUGUCUCUGUGUUCAAACUGUAAAGAAUUUGCUCAGUCACCAGUCACAUUCCCUUAAGGUUGCUUAGUUCCAUUCUAGCUUCAUUGAAAUAGUUAUAUGAAAGCUAGAGGAUUGAGCUCGCAAUCAAUAUAGUAUUUGUGGAGUGAAUGUUCUAUAAAUUAGUGUUUAAAACACUCAGUAUUUCCUGUUUUCCUCCUGGCAUUUGGAGGGUCCAAGAUAACUACUUAACUGUUGGUAAAGAAAAUCAGUUACCACAAUUUCGUACACUGUACUGUAGUAUUUUUACAUAUAUAAUGUACCAUUUUCCUUCAAAAAUGAACAAAUAAAACAGAUAUAACAUCUGAA